UAACAAGGGAGGAGAUUGGAGAACAAAAAAGGGUAUAAAUAUAGAAGGCGGGGAAAACAAGGGAGUGGGGGAAUCGAGGAGAGGAGGAAAAAAAAACUGACCUUAAGCUUCCAAAACUAGCGAAAAUGCCGCUUUAACUCUCUUCUUCCCUGCUAAAACAGUAGCGAACAAAUUAUUUGUAUUAUUAUAAUUUUAAUCUGUACAUAAUCAAUCUUUGUAAAGCUUCAAUCUUUGUAUAUAUAUAAAUUAUAUGUAUAUGUAUGUAUAGCAUCAAUUGGAUUGUUGCAGCGCAAAGAUUUGUUGUAGGUUUUUGAUAUUGGUGUAUGAGUAGAGUCAGUUUCCGAUGAGUCUCUGGUUGAAUAUCUCCUAAUGCAUUACCCCUUAAGCCGAGAAAGAGUAGAUGGAUUCAGCAAGAAGUUGGUUCCAGAAGUUUCAGCCACGAGAUCGCAUAAGGUCAUCAACGAAGAAGAAAGAUUCAGUGGGUGGUAGUGGAAGAGAAGACCCCCAGCCACCUAUGUCAGCUGAAGAGGCCUCCAAUGUAACGAAGCAGAGGGUCGCUGCAGCAAAGCAAUACAUUGAGAAUCAUUACAAGGAGCAGAUGAGAAAUUUGCAUGAGAGAAAGGAGCG